CCGUCAUCUGCCCUAUAAGUGACAUCCGUGCCGUGCAUCUCUUCACUAUGGCGGACGUGUGACAGCCCAGAAAACACAAGACUGUGCAAAGGGGGCUGUAAUUAGAUAUUAAGUGGCCGAUAUUAGGUCCAUUGUGGCAUCGGUAUGAACAUCUGGCUACUGGCGGCUGCGUUUGUUCUCACCGCCGCUUCCGAAGCGUCUAAAAAAGGCGACGACGAAGACUGGGUCCAUCUGCCUAACAAAUGCGAAGUAUGUAAAUUCCUGAGUAUAGAAAUGAAGUCUGCGUUUGAAGAAACGGGCAAAACCAAAGAAGUCAUCGACAGGAAUUACCGGUUUUUGGACGAGAAGGGUGCCCCGCCAAUAAAAUACGUGAAAUCGGAUAUUCGCUUUAUUGAGGUGAUGGAGACUGUGUGUCAAAGAUUACAGCAAUACAACGUCCACAAGGAGCGACCAGGCAGCAACCGCUUUGCAAAGGGUAUGUCAGAAACUUUCAGCACUUUGCAUAAUCUGGUCCACAAGGGGGUGAAAGUGGUGAUGGACAUACCUUAUGAGCUCUGGAAUGAGACCUCUGCUGAGGUUUCUGACCUGAAGAAGCAGUGUGAUGUGAUGGUGGAACAGUAUGAAGAUGUCAUUGAAGACUGGUACAGAGGCCACCAAGAGGAGGACCUUACCAGCUACCUGUGUGAGAAACACGUUCUCAGAGGACAGGAUAAAGCUUGUCUGAGCGAGACAUGGAGCAGGAGAAAAUCAAUCAGCGAAGAGCCAAAGAAAAAGAAGAAAAAGGAGGGGGCCAGGGGGGGGCAGGCGAGUCAGAGCAAACCUCGAAAGAAGAGCAAGAAGAGGAGCGCACAGCCCAAUGAGGCGGGGGGGCGGAGCCAGAGUGACGAGGGCUUCGUCCUGGACGGCGACGUUCCAAAGAAAGCCACCUUGCAUGGAGAGAAGACUGAGCUCUAGGUGCCGGGAUCCGUCCCACUGCUCCUGCUCCUAAUCCCAUCAUGCAUCUGUUCCUGCUCCAUUAGCCGCUCCUCAUCCCACCCUAACCUCUGCCUCCUUCCCGGCUCCCAGCGCGGCUGUCUGCUUUCCCUGCUCCCUGACGUCUUCAUUAUCCGGACGGGGUGGGGGGGGGGGGAGUGCCACACGGAGCCUUGACUCCUGGGAGGAGGCGCUCUCGCUCGAGUGGCCCAGAGCAGGCCGCCCCAGGAGCCUUUGUCAGGCCGUCCGUUAGAUGCCUUCACCUGUCCUUCACUCCUCUUUAAAGCCUAACAGGAAGUGAGAAUUGCACACAUUUUCCCAUUUGUUUCAGAAAUGGAUGAUCUUUGUGCAGCUUUUUGUAUUCCAACACCCCAUCUGUAUACUCAAUAACCAGGCCCAUGGUAUAAUCUAAAUCUUUAUCAUUUAAAUCUUUAAAAACAUGAGCUACACACGAGAGCACCUGUAGACCCUUCAGCUACUCUGCUACCAUCUUUACUUUUUUUCCCCUGUACACAGGGGUGGGUUUUUUGUUUCUGGCCCAGUCACUUCACCCCUGCCCUCCCUAGUGUAGAAACUGUUUGUGGCCAAUGGGGGGGGGGCUUCAAAAAACCCCAGAAGCUCCACACAAAUUUGUGGUUUGAAUGGAGGUAAACGCUACGGCACACAGAAUCGCAGCUGUGGGGGGUGGGGGGGUGUCUUCAAACACCAAGCCCUGCCCUGUGGCUUGCCGAUUUACUUCCCAGAUCGAUGGGUUCUGCAGACUGGCCUCCAAGGCCCUGCAGACUGGCCUCCAAGGCCCUGCAGACUGGCCUCCAAGGCCCUGCAGACUGGCCGCCCAGGCCCUGCAGACUGGCCGCCCAGGCCCUGCAGACUGGCCGCCCAGGCCCUGCAGACUGGCCUCCAAAGCCCUGCAGACUGGCCGCCCAGACUCUGCAGACUGGCCGCCCAGACUCUGCAGACUGGCCGCCCAGGCCCUGCAGACUGGCCUCCAAGGCUCUGUCUGAAGCGCUCAGUAUCAGGGAGUCCCCACAGUAAUCCGAGGAGCCCUACUUAGUCUAGAGGCCUUCACUACUCAGGCUUCACGCCAUCACUCAUGCAAGAUCACCAUAAUGACCGUUUUGUGUGAUCUGCUGUGUACUGAUGUGCGUUUAUUUCUGCAGGACCACUAAUAAUUCUAGUCAUCAUAUAAUAAGACCAAAGUGUCUACAAGACUCAGCUGAUCUGAGAAAAGCUGUCAUUUCAGUGGUGUAUUGGCCAAAAGCUGUCAUUUCAGUGGUGUAUUGGCCAAAAACUGUCAUUUCAGUGGUGUAUUGGCCAAAAGCUGUCAUUUCAGUGGUGUAUUCGCCAAAACAUGUUUUGCCUGAUAGUCUAUUAUUUGUAUGAAUUUGGUUAGUGAUUUUUAUGCAAUUUGUUGCUGUUGUACACGCCCUUGAAUUAUGGAAUAUAAAUCCUUCAUUUCCUACGAUGCUCUAUGCUUUUAUUCUGCCUAAUGCAGUGAGAAUGAUAUCAUCUGACAGCUGAUUCAGUAUUAAUGUCCUUGAAAUAGUUUAAUUUCGUCGUGGUCUAAGAAGGCGAUGUCUUCAGUGAGUUUCGUCAUUGCUGAUAUUUCAGAAGUGCUUUGUUAAUUCAGCUGCUGUAUUGAUAGAAAAAUCUGAUUUUUAGCAGAAGUUGUUGUUUUAAAUCUGGUUAAGUACUUUGUCGUUACAUGCUGCCACAUGAUGGUGAAUCCUAAGCUGAAAGUGAACUUUAAGUGUUACUUUUUGGAAAUCAUUUUUAAGUUUCACCAUAUUGCCUGACCCAGUAAACCUCUCUGGAUCAGCGCUUCAUCCAAGUGAUUAUGUCUAAACUAGAGGAUCAUUUUUGAAGUAACUUAAUAUCAGACAUCCUCCUGUAAAAGGGGACUGAAUUAUGUCAGAUUCAUUCUGCCAUUUUUGUGUGACUCUGUGAGUUACACAGGUUAGUUUCCCCAGUUGCGAAGUCUGUUAAUAAGAUGCUUCCUAAAUAAGGGUCAUUACUAUGGUAAUGUCACAAAACAGAUGUGUGACUACAUUAACUAAUCAGAAUGUUCUGCAUGUUACUAUUUUACUAAGUUAUGUUACUGAGUGUUUCUUUAAGUGAUUGAAAUAAGUGCAAGAAUAAACAUUCCAUCACCAG